GUACAUAUAUACACACUGUUGCUAACAUAUACACACUGUUGCUAACGCGAUAAAAGCCACACCCGUCUACAGUCAUCACCAUGAACAAGGUCAAAGUCAUCAUCUGCCCAGGAAACGGGUGCAAUAAUAUCCGAAAUGCAAACUGGUACGGCCAGUUCCAUGACGAGCUCACAUCGCGUGGAAUCACAUCCGUAUGCCAGACCUUUCCUGAUCCAUACGUUGCCAGACGGUCGCUAUGGUUACCUUUCAUCGAGUCGCUAGGCACAGAUACCAACACGAUUCUUGUGGGACAUAGCAGUGGGGCACAGGCGGCACUGAGAUACGCAGAGACGCACGAAUUAAAAGCCAUAGUGUUAGUGUCAGCUACUUACAGUGAUUUGGGGGAUGCAGGUGAACGUGCAUCGGGGUACUACCCCCAAGGAGAGACGAAUCUGUAUGAUUUCGAGGCUAUGAAGAGGAAUGUAGGGAUCAUACACCAGUUUCAUUCGGAUACAGAUCCGUUCAUACCUUUGAAGGAGGCGGAGCAGAUUAGAGAUGGGUUGGGAAUUGAUGAUAAAGGCUAUCACAUGCUGAAGGGUCGCUCACACUUCUUUGACUCAUUUCCCGAAUUAAUGGACGUUAUUGAGUCGAUAAUUAAAGGAUAAAUGGACUGUGAAGGAGCCAUACGGGCACAAUAUAUAUAUAUAUGGCGACGUAAAACCAUAGCCAUCUUUUACCGAGCUUAUGGUGAUACAUCUAGGAAAACUUGGGGCUCAACGAAAGCGGCAGUAAAAUCGAUAGCAGUCUCUCUAAGACUCGGCACUAUUAGCCAUAGACCGCCCGGGUUUGACUGUUGUAGUCGCAUUUGCUACAAGAUAUUCAUAGUCAUGCUCCGUGACUAGAAUCGUAUUUAGGCCUACAGGAGAUAUUCCAUAGAUUGUACCGGACAUGUGGCUUACAAAAUCAAUCUUACGCGUGCAACGUUGAGGUGUGAGUUUCAUUUGUAGGAGUCGAAAACUGUGAGUCAUAACCGAAUGCAUUUGGGCAUCCGAAUGACAUUCGUUCAAAUAGAAUCGCCGAUUACAUGAUGUAUGAACUGAAAGCUUUACUGUCGAUAUAUUUCAGUGUAUCGGCUGUGAUUGCUGAUACUGAACCUUUGAAGAGUAAAUCCUUGUAGGCUCUAGAAGUUGAGAGCAAG